GAUGUCUGAAAGGCUGUAUUCGCUCAUGGAUGAUCAGGCCUCAGCUGUCAUGGAAAAAGAUAUCGACGGCCAAACGCCUCUUCACCUUGCGGUUGAGAGAGGGAAUCUCAAAAUCGUGCAAUGGCUGCUUGAAAGAGGUGCGAAGGCCGACAAUCCGGACCUUAGCGACACAACGCCGUUUCAACGGGCCUCUGAAUUAGGGAACUUCCAGAUUAUGCGUUGCCUUUUCGCUAAGAUGUCUGGGGAAAAAUGCUCAAUCAAUGCUUCUAGAUGGAGGUCUAUUUCACGAACCACAGGCGGGACUGUGGAAAUGACAAAAGGAUAUUCCGCUAAUGUUAAGAUCUGGAGUGGAACAGAUUUUAGCAAGUACAUGAACGACAGGUCAUAUUCUCUAAAACUCCCUCUUGUAGAACUACCUGCAAGAGAGAUGUCACUGGCUGGGGAUACGACAGAAAAGCGGCUAUUUUUGAUAGCUGAUGACAAUCUCCUUCAGAAUGCUUCACCAUGGGGCCUCCGUUGUCGAUGGUGGCGGAAGACAGCGAAAAGGGAGGGAAAGAACGAAAGACGAAAGGUAAUGGAUCGAGGAAACAUGAAUGCGCCUCAGGUGUGGACAGCAAAAUUAGACACUAUCCCUAGUGCUGCCACUCUGGAUUACGUUCGACCAGGAGAAUGCCUCCUCGAAUGUCGCCUCAUAUUACCAGUGUUUUGGCCAGAUGGACUACAAGAAAUACCCAGCUCUCUAGCCGCAACUGUGGGACGUCUGAAGAGGGAGCACUUUAUUGUUUGGAUCAUGGUCAAGCCAGAGUCUUCAAAGACUGAACAGGAUACUAGGAGGCGUCUGCUCAAGUCCACUACUUUCUUUAGCACCCUUGAACAUGCUGCGGUGCCAGAUACUGCGACCGACCUUUGCAUACCAUUAAUUCAACAGCUCAAGGAGGAAUGGAACAGUGUCUGUAAAGCCGCAGAGCAGCACCUCAAUGAUAGGCGUAUAGAAGUGUUGAGAUCCAGAGGUUUGGAAGCCGGCCUUAUUGAGGCCUUGUUGCACGAUGCUAGGCUUUGGGGUCGGCUCAGCGAACUGCUGGAAGGUCAAGUUAUGGCUCUUUUCGGAAGCUUUGAGGUUAAGAAUUGGGAGAUGCUUUAUGAGCAAGAGCAUCGGGAAAAGGCUCAGGCCUUGAAAAAGGACGUAAAUGAGCUCUCCGAGGAACUGCGGAAAAGGCUCAAUAAUUUGACCGCCACUUCACAAGAACUCAUCCAAUUGGAAUUCAACUUGACGUCAAUCGCGGAGGCACAAAAGUCAACAACCAUGAAUAGAAGCAUAAAGCGUCUAAGUUGGAUUACGUUUGUAUUCCUCCCUCUCAUGUUCAUUGCGUCUCUUUUUGGCAUGAACAUCGAUCUGCUGAAAUCCAAUCCUGGGUGGUGGUGGUACCUUCCCUUCGCUGUUGGCACUAUGAUUCUCACAUUUACCGUAUGGAUUAUAUUCAAGAGGAGUGAGAAUUUAGAGAACCGAAUUGCAGGGAAGUUCAGGUGGCUUGUAAAGCAAGAGCCAUGGGAUGAAGAGAAGGGCUGGAACAGAGAGACAAAGAAUGCACGGAUCAAGAAAGCGAAAAUAUCCUGAAGAUCGACGCGCGAAAACGAUAGGCGGUCAGUUGUGUUGAUAACAAAUGCGAUACUACUUGACUACAUGAAGUCCACCGAUAGGUGGUUUUACAGAAC